ACACCUUCUGUCCCUUCUCUGGCCUCUCAGGAGCCUAGCUUGUAUGUGUGUGUGUGUCUAGAAUUCCCCUCUCUCUCUCUCUCUCUCUCUCUCUAUGGGUUUUCCGAUGGGUUACUCAGAGGUUUUCCUCCCUAAGUUCUUCAUCCAGACGCUCUCUCUCCUGGGCUUCAUCCGCAACCUAAUUUCCUCUCUCUUCCGCCUCCUUGGCCUCUCGGAUUUCCUCGAACCCGAUGUUUCGUUCCACGAAGGUCCGACCCGAGCGCCGGAGCAGCCGCCUGUGUCGGCCGUCCUGAUCCGGGAGCUCCUGCCGGUGGUGAAGUUCGAGGAGCUCGGCGGAGAACCGCCAGAAAGCUGCGCCGUCUGCCUGUACGAGUUCGAGGCCGGGGAAGAGAUCCGGUGGUUGAGGAACUGCCGGCACAUUUUCCACCGGGGCUGCGUGGACCGUUGGAUGGACCACGAUCAGAAGACGUGCCCGCUUUGCAGGGCCCCCUUUGUGCCACACGAUUUGCAGGACGAGUUCAAUCAACGGCUCUGGGCUGCCACCGGCGCACUGGAUUAUUUCUCCGACAUUAAUUCAAUUCCCGGUUUGUAAACUCCUUAGAUUGCUUUGCCUUUAGAAGGGUAGAGAUAUAUAAACAUAGAAAACAGAAAAGGUCUCUAUUUUGAUGAUAUGUUACACGCAUACACAACUGUAUGCACCGAUGCCGAUACGGUCCGGGUCUCACCGCCUUUCUUCAUGUCUGAACUGGUCCGACCCGGUAGAAAAGUUCGGUGGUGGUGUUGAAGCCAAUGAUGAGAUGAGAUGAGAUGAGGCUUGCUUGGUUCUUGAAGCUUUGCAUUGGGAAAUGUUAGAAAAAUAUAACAAGACGUUAGAAUUUUUUUGUACACAAUGAUGGAGUUGCUCCUUGCUGAUUGAUUUACUUAAAUCUAGAAAUCUUCAUAAAGUCACUUUGCUAACUGUUCCAAUCCAGUAUGUGUUGUUAUUUAUGUCAUUAAAUUUAAUUAA